AUGUCCACUGCGGCUUUGUUUGCAGCUGUUGUCAUACUACUUUCCUUCGCCACAACCGUGGUGAUCCUCUAUUCUUGCAACGCCAACCCGACUAUGCCGGGUACACUCCAAUCCUAUCUCAAAUUUGCCUACGGUAGCUUCUUCAAGCCUCACACCGGUGAUGGCAGUGGCAACCAGCAGGAUGCGCUCGAGAGCUUUUACGAAUACCAGGCUGAUGCCUACGAUACGACCCGAACCGCUCUGCUGCGAGGCCGAGAAGAUAUGAUACGGCUUGUUGCAGCCCAGCUGAAGCAUAAGGCUUCUGACAGGAAACCAAUCUGGGUAGACAUCGGGGGUGGUACAGGCUGGAACAUUGAGCAGAUGGGCAAACAUGUUGAUGUUCCGACUUUCUUCGACACUAUCUAUCUUGUCGACCUUACGCCAUCACUCCUCAAGAUAGCCGAGGCGCGGUUUCAAAAAUUAGGGUGGACAAAUGUGAAGGUUGUGUGCAUGGACUGCCGUUUCUUCAGUCUACCCCAACACGAGGGUACUGGAGGAAAACAAAGCCAAAGUGCAGACCUGAUCACCAUGAGCUAUUCACUUACCAUGAUUCCGGACUUCUUCCCCGUUGUCGACAUGAUCACCAACCUCCUUGCUCCAACGGGCAUUAUUGGUGUGGUCGACUUCUACGCCCAGACUGAGGUCGAAUUCAUGCGGCGAGACUACGUUGGCGGCUUUCUGGAUCGCCACUGUACAUGGCUCAAUCGUACAUUCUGGCGGACUUGGUUCGAGCAAGAUCGUGUCAUGUUCGAUGGAGGCCGGCGCGACUAUCUCGAAUACCGUUUUGGUACCCGGCUUAGCAUCAACAAGCGCAAUGCCAUGCUUCCCGGUCUUCGCAUUCCAUUCUACAUCUGGAUUGGAUGUCACAAGCACAACUCGUCUGCACAUCUCGAUGCGUCGGUUCUGAAGACCGCCUUCCUGGCAGCUCCUGACGGCUGUACUCGUCCCGACAUACCUCUUCCCAGCGUUUACUACCUGAACCACCAUCGACGGACAUAUUACACUGCCGAAGUACAGCUUCAGAAACAACAAUCUUCCACGGGAGAAAGUGUCAGCUUCCCUACCGACCUAUUGACUACCGACGAUGUCGUUCUCGCAUGCACUGGCUCCAGCGACACAGUUCUAUCGUGCCAUGCUCAGAAGCCGAAAGCGGUCCACGCAGUCGACCCCGACCCGGCGAACAAUCACCUCCUCGAACUAAAGCUUGCUGCAUUCCAAGCACUAAACCAAGACAAGAUCCAGAAAUUGUUCAAUGCAGAAGGCGGGUCCGACUUCCGCAACAUCUUGAUCGACGACCUCACCGAAACUAUCGAGUCUUUCGUCCGCAGAACUCGCAAGUCAUAG